ACUAGUAGAGUACGAAGUACAAUGAAUGAAGAGAGGGCUCCGGUCACGCCCCAGCAAAGCAAGCGGACGCCAGGACACGAGACCGCUCUAGAAGAUUGUGGGGCCUUCCUGGGGAGACGACGGGAAGGAACGAAGCUGAUCUGGAAACCAGAACAGGAAGACGAUAGACGAUGAUGCUGGAGAGAGCUCCAGACAAUUCACCCACCGCUCCCGACGAAGCUAUAAAUUCCAUCCCCUCCCACCGCUCAGCUCACUCCAAACCGAAGAUCGAAAUCGCACCGAGCUCGAACAGCGCACACAUCAUCAUCGUCUCUUUUCUGAUCCCACGCAAACGUUUCAGGUUCCCGUUCGCAGCAACCCCCGCCGACAAUGUCGCUGGUGAGGCGCAGUAGCGUGUUCGACCCCUUCUCCCUCGACCUCUGGGACCCCUUCGACAGCAUGUUCCGCUCCGUCGUCCCGUCGGCCGGCGCCUCCGACUCCGAGACCGCCGCCUUCGCCAACGCCCGCAUUGACUGGAAGGAGACGCCCGAGGCGCACGUCUUCAAGGCCGACCUCCCCGGCGUCAAGAAGGAGGAGGUCAAGGUCGAGGUGGAGGACGGCAACGUCCUGGUCAUCAGCGGCCAGCGCAGCAAGGAGAAGGAGGACAAGAAUGACAAGUGGCACCGCGUCGAGCGCAGCAGCGGCCAGUUCAUGAGGCGGUUCCGCCUGCCGGAGAACGCCAAGGUCGACCAGGUGAAGGCCGGGCUGGAGAACGGCGUGCUCACCGUCACCGUGCCCAAGGCGGAGGAGAAGAAGCCUGAGGUGAAGAGCAUCCAGAUCUCCAGUUAAGCGGCCAUGGACGCGGGUUGAAGAUGAUGCGAUGUGAUGCUACGAGUCGUGCGUGCUUGGCUGCGUACUCUGUCUGUGUGUGUUAUUGUCUUCUUGAGUGUGUGGUGUGGACGAUGUGUGCUUCCCUUGCCGCUGUACUUGUUUUUGCUUCUUCCGUGUAAACGUCCUGUGGUUCCUCUGACAAAUAAAUAAAAGCAGCUUUCAAAUUUACUGAGUA